AUGGCGCCCGUGGCGAUGCGGCUUUCGCUCAACUCGCUCCAUGACGAGCAGCCGACGGCGUUGGACGUCGACCGGAUCACCGAGUCGAUUCGGUCGCUCCACGGCAACGACGUCGACACAGACAACGAGAGCGAGAACGACGACGACGUGUCUGCGGCGAGGCGACCGGAGCAGCUCAAGAAGGAACUCCGCAUCGUGCCGGCGCAGCUCGCGAGCACGCCACGAUCCCAGUCCCACGUCAUCUCCAAAUUGCAUCGCGACCGAACGUGCCUCAAGGCCGCGGUCGCCCAAGAUUAA